AUGAGAUUGCUUAAUACCAAAACAUUGGAGCUUUCCUAUUUCGUUGAUUCUCAAGUCCCGCCCUACGCUAUCUUGAGCCAUACAUGGGGACAAGAGGAAGUGCUAUUCGAUGAUAUUCAGAAACGAACAGGCGGGGCUAAGUCUGGCUUUAAGAAGCUAGAAGGGUGCUGUAAGAAGGCAGCAGGUGAUGGCUUCGAAUGGGUCUGGAUUGACACCUGUUGCAUCGACAAGUCUAGUAGCGCGGAACUGACAGAGGCUAUCAAUUCCAUGUAUCAAUGGUAUAAAGCUUCUGUCCUAUGUUACGUCUACCUUGAAGACAUAUUGACGACGAAAAACGCCCCGCUUGGCCAAUUUGCCGGAAGUCGUUGGUUCACUAGAGGCUGGACGCUACAAGAGCUUAUUGCUCCGCGGAUCUUGGAAUUUUACACCGCAGGCUGGGUCGAGAUUGGGACUAAAGCGAGCUUGUCAAGGCAGAUCUCGGAGGUGACCGGUGUUCCUACUCCAAUCUUGCGCGGCGAGGAUCCCUCUACUUGCGUCGUUGCUCACCGGAUGUCGUGGGCUUCCAAAAGACAGACAACUCGAGUGGAAGACAUAGCGUAUUGCUUGCUAGGAAUCUUCGGAGUAAGCAUGCCUAUGUUGUACGGAGAAGGAGUCAAGGCAUUUCAAAGGCUUCAGGAAGAAAUCAUGAAGCAGAAUGAGGACUACACUCUCUUCGCUUGGUCGCUACAUUACGACUGUUCCCCUGCGCUAACAGAUCCGAAUCCUGGAGGAGCCCUGGCGAAACUUUGGGGAAGACAACACUCAAAAAAUCACAGAGCUAGUCGAAGCCAUGGCCGAAAAUCCCGUACCGUCUUUGCCCUAUCAGAUUGCAUACCAGAAAGACUACGAUGGGUUGGUCUCUGUUGA